AUUGGUUGUUACUCGACGAAGCUGCCUGAACCGGGUUCGUCGUUCGUCCGUUCUAAAUUACCGACUGCACUGCAGAAUUGCAGUCCCUCUAUUGACAAACUUGCGAACUGCACUUUCCCUCGAAUUGUCUCAAACGAAAUGCCGGUUCCUAAGGUCAGUUUAUGGUGAGAUCGUGUACGGCGCGUAUAUUGGUUCUUCCUUCUUGUUGAAGAUAAAGUUACGCGUCGUAUCGUCGACUUUCGUUCGCAACUUUUGCGUACACGAAUUAUUAAAAGUACGGUACAGUGUAACGUUUGUAACAGGUUAUGCCAGCCGACGUGUGUGAUCGAUAUUUCCGCAAAGAAACUGACACGUAGGAAUGAAAGUCUUCAAGAUAAUUUUGAUGGUACUUGAUAUAAAAUGGCCUUCGAAAUGAUAGAUCGAAGGAAGUGGCGAUCGAAAGGUAGCCAGUUCAAUAAAUUUGUUAGAAAACGAAUACCGAUUGUUGACUGGUUGCCAAAAUAUAAUUCCGACAAAUUUUUAAAUGAUGCUAUCGCUGGCAUUACCGUCGGACUUACUGUUAUGCCCCAAGGACUUGCUUAUGCGACACUGGCUGGAUUAGAACCGCAGUACGGUCUCUAUUCCGCGUUUAUGGGGGCCAUGGUGUAUAUAAUAUUUGGAUCGUGUAAAGAUAUCACGAUUGGACCAACUGCACUUAUGGCACUCAUGACUCACGAAUAUGUUCAAGGUAGAAAUGCGGAUUUUGCAAUAUUGCUUACAUUUUUGUGUGGUUGCUUGCAAUUGUUAAUGGCUUCUCUACGUUUAGGAGUAUUAAUAGAUUUUAUAUCAAUACCGGUUACAGUCGGUUUUACUUCUGCAACGUCUGUCAUAAUUGUAGUUUCUCAACUCAAGGGCCUUUUGGGAUUAAAGAUCUCUUCUCAAGGAUUCUUAGAUACUUUAACAAAGGUGUUUGGUAACAUUCAUAGGAUUAGCGUAUGGGAUACAGGGAUGAGUUUCUCUUGCAUUGCUAUUUUACUAAUGUUUAGGAAAAUGAAAGAUAUCAAAUUUGCCUCCAAUGGUGAAAAAUCAAACAAAUACCAGAGGAUAUUAAAGAAAAUGAUAUGGUUAAUAUCAACAGCACGAAAUGCUAUCAUUGUUAUUGUUUGUUCUGCUAUUGCCUAUAAGUUCAACUCUGUUGAAUCUGGUUCUCCAUUCAUUCUUACCGGUCCAGUCAGAUCCGGUCUUCCACCUAUAGGUUUACCUCCAUUUUAUACGCAAGUUAAGAACGAAACUCUAAGUUUCACUGAAAUGUGUUCAGAAUUAGGUGCGUCCAUAGCAUUAGUACCCAUAAUUGGGGUUCUUGGAAACGUAGCAAUUGCAAAAGCUUUUGCAAACGGUGGCAAAGUAGAUGCCACUCAAGAACUAAUUACGUUAGGAAUUUGUAAUGUUCUUGGGUCUUGCGCAAGUGCAAUGCCAGUUACUGGUUCUUUUAGCAGGUCUGCUGUGAAUCAUGCAAGUGGUGUAAAAACACCAAUGGGUGGUUUGUACACAGGAAUAUUAAUAUUACUAUCAUUGAGCCUGCUUACACCAUAUUUUUUCUUUAUACCAAAAGCUUCUCUGUCAGCAGUUAUUAUCUGUGCAGUAAUAUAUAUGAUUGAAUAUCAAGUUGUAAAGCUCAUAUGGAGAACCAGUAAAAAAGAUUUGAUUCCAAUGUCCGUCACAUUUUUAUUCUGUCUUGGUAUCGGUGUGGAAUAUGGAAUCUUGUUAGGUGUUGGAACAAAUCUUAUAUUUUUAUUAUAUCCUUCUGCGCGUCCAACAAUACAUGUUGAUAAGUGUACGACUAUUUCUGGGGCCGAUUAUCUUUCAGUAACGCCAGGAAAUAGUCUUUAUUUCCCUGCUGUAGAUUUUAUUAAAAAAUCCGUUGGCAAUGCUGGAAUAAAACAAGGCUCGAGUCAAGUUCCAGUUGUAGUUGAUUGUAGAUAUAUAUUGGGGGCAGAUUUUACCGCUGCUAAAGGAAUAGCGACGUUAAUAGACGAAUUUAAUAAUCGAAAACAAGGUCUUUAUUUUUAUAAUCCGCGAUCAGACGUUAUCGCAGUACUGAAAGGUGCAUGCGGAGAAGAGUUUCAAUACAUUUCCACCCAAGAGGAAUUAUCGUACUUGUUAUCGACGCAUCAAGACAAAACGUCGCAACAACUUUUAGAAAUAACACGUGACAAAUCUCACGAGCCUUUAAUGCUAGGAAAUGGAAAUCGAAAUGGACGUUCGUGCCAUGAACUUAGCGAAGUUACAACCACACUGUUGCACGCAACAGCUAGUUAGGAAAAUGGGAGACAAUUUCAUCACGAUUUAAAGGUUCUGUUCCGAUCUUUUCAAACUCUUGCACUCUUAGUUCGAGUUAAGACUUUGACAAGAAUUUUUCAAGUAUUUGCUAUAUUUUAUUGCAGUUGUUCGUAUCAACUGAAGAUUUUAUUUUUGCAUUUUAUUUAAGUAGAUAUAUUGUUAUAGAAUUU